UGUAACUCUGGCUAGACGAGUUGUCUGCGAACUGUCGGGGAGGGCAGUUGAUGGGGGCAGGCGAGCUUGGCACAGCUGUUUCAGACUGGUGAGGGCGCAUGGUGAUGGGUGAGCGGGAGCCGCCCCGUCUGGCCGCGCUGGACGAGCCCCUGGAGGGAGAGGAAGAGGAGGAGGAGGACGGCGCCGCCGCCGGGCGCUCCGAGCAGGAGCUGCAGGACACGUGCACGUACAUCGUGCAGGACCAGCCCUGGCCGGGGCCUCUACCCGGAGCGGCGCCGCGCGCCGAGGCCACGCUGCCACGCAACCUCCGCUUCCACGUCUCGCACACGGGACAGAUCAUCGGCGUGCUGAGCAGUGAAUACAUCCCCGAGGGAACGCGCUUCGGUCCCCUCGUGGGGGACAUCUACACCGAGGAUGCAGUCCCGAAGGAGGCAAACCGGCAGUAUUUCUGGAGGAUCUACCGGCACGGGGAGCUGCAGCACUUUGUGGACGGCUGGGACGUGAGCCGCAGCAACUGGAUGCGCUUCGUGAACCCGGCGCGGUCGCGGCGCGAGCAGAACCUGGUGGCGUGCCAGCACGGCGCCGACGUCUUCUUCUACACGCUGCGCGGGGUCUCCCCCGGGCGCGAGCUGCUCGUGUGGUACUCGCCAGAGUACACGCGGCGCAUGGGCCAGGCACACCACCGGCUGCAAGACUUGCUCGACCAGUCCCACCCCACCACGGACAUGGAGCCGCGGCGGCCGAGCUCGAGCCGCGGUGACGCGCGCAGCAGCCCCGGCGCGCAGAAGGACGGCGGCAGGGCCGUCGGCUUCGGCAAGCGGCCGGGCGGCGACGUCGUGUGCCCUCACCCGCGCUACCCCACGGGAUCCUCCUACAACGGCGGCGGCGGCGGCGGCGGCGGCGGCGCGGGAACCCAGAGCCACGUGCCGUUCAGCGUCGACGACCUCAUGAGGCCCGACCAGGCGAAGCUGUCCGGCAAAUUCACGGCGAGGUUACCGUCUUCUCAGUACCCCUCCGCCGCUCACCACCACCACCACCGGCACACGCCACACGACGUCUCCUCCACCUCGGCUCCGGCCAAAGCGGCGGGGUACCUGCCGCACGUCGCCCGGGCGUACCCGGGCCAGGAGGGCCUCGGCGGCAUCUUGGCUCAGCCCCGCAUGCCGUUCUUGCCCCAGCCGUUCCUGCGGCACCCCGCCGAGCCGUUCCCCCUCCCGCCGUCGUACCCGCCGGGCGUCGGCGCCCCCCACGACUUCGGCGGCAAGUUCUUCCUGCUGCAGGGCGGCAUCGGCGCCCUCAACGGCAUGCACGUGCCCGUGCCGGACAUGUACCACCGCGUGUACGGCCAGCCGCUCAAGAGCGGAGCGCCGCACCACCUGGUCCUGCCGCAGUCGAUGUUCCCCCACCCGAGGCCGGCGGACAAGGGCCCCGGCCGCGAACCGGCGCCCGCGCCGUCCCACAAGCCGGGCCGGCUCGUCCCCGCGCCCACCAGCGCCUUCUCGCAGCCGGUGCACGCCCACAAGGAGAACGCGGCCGCGGGUUUCUGCCACGCCUCGUCGGCCGCUCGCCCGCCGCCGGGCGCGUUCGCCCCCGGCGGUUACGCGAUCCCCUACCGCGGGUCGCCGGCCCGCACCCCGGCCGUCUACUCGCCCUCCGCGCCCUUCCAGCUGACGUCCGCGGCGGCGGAGGGCGGCGGCGGCGGCGUCCACCGCCUGCCGUCGCGCUCGCCCUACGGCGGCAACCCGGCGGGCGCGCGCCGCCGCUCGCCCGGCGGCGGCGUCGUCCGCGCCACGUCGUCCGCGUCGCCCGACUCGUCGUCGUCGUCGUCGUCGGUCGCGGGCGACGCCCUCGAAGGCGCCUCGCGAUCGCUCGGCGGUUCGCGAGUGACGCACCACCACCUGGGCUACCGCUCGCUGCCGUACCCGCUCCGCAAGCACAACGGCAAGAUCAUCUACGAGUGCAACGUCUGCCGCAAGACCUUCGGCCAGCUCUCCAACCUCAAGGUCCACUUGCGGGUCCACAGCGGUGAACGGCCGUUCAAGUGCCAGACGUGCGGGAAGGGCUUCACGCAGCUGGCUCACCUGCAGAAACACCACCUGGUGCACACCGGAGAGAAGCCCUACCAGUGCCAGGUUUGCCACAAGCGCUUCAGCAGCACGAGCAACCUGAAGACCCACCUGCGCCUGCACUCGGGCGAGAAGCCCUUCCAGUGCAAGCUGUGCCCGGCCAAGUUCACGCAGUUCAUCCACCUGAAGCAGCACCGCCACCUGCACGCUCGCGAGCGUCCACACCGCUGCCCCGGCUGCCAGCAGAGCUACAUCCACCAGAUCAGCCUGACCAUGCACCUCAGAGGUUUCUGCCCGUCCCAGCACAAGCGUGCGACGUCAGCCGAAGCCAGGGGGGGCCCCCUGCCCGCCGACCGUUCCACCGCGGCGACCGACUACGCGACGCUCGCGCCCUCUCAAGACGCCCUCGCGAGCUUCCACCCCGGAGCUGCCGCCGCGCAUCCGCCGUCCGGGGCGGCGGGCCCCGGCCAGCUCGCCGGUCCCGGCGGCGCCGACCCCCGGCCGGGCUUCCCGAAGGACCCGCGCCCUGACGUGUCGCCGGAGUACUUGGCGUUGGUGAACCAGAAGAUCGAAGCGUUCGACCUCAGCGAGGAGGCCGCGAGAGCCGGGGAAGACUCCAAGGUCGAAGCCCAAGUGGAGGCGAGGAUCCUGAGCAGGUUCUGCAAGGCGCUGUCGUUGGAGGGCCGAGCCUUCUCGAGCGCCGACGGGCAGCCGGCGAGGAAAUUGACCCAGCGGAAGGAGCAGCAGCAGAGCAAUGGACACUCGCCGCCGGACGUCAAAGACGAGCGCAGCGCAACGUCGGUCCCGUCGCCGUCGCCGCCGCCGGUCGCCGGCAACAACGGCGCCAUCGGCACCACCGCGGACCAAACUCGACCCUCGCCGUUCGGCAGCAGCGCGGCUGCAGAUCGUCACUCCGCCGCGCGAGGAACGGACGAUGCGACGGUAUUGGCACGUCGGUCUCCCACGGUGCAUUCCGGCUGGAGACUGAAGCCGCUGCCGGAUUCGCCGUCUUCUCUCAAAAUCAAGGAAGAGCAUAAGCCGGCCGAUGCGUGA